CACGAACGCGUUUACCUACGAUCCGUCUGCUGUCACGCGUCAAGGCUCAUCCUUGCACCGUCGUUCGUACCUCUUUCGUGACUUCGUAACACACGGUAUAUAUCGUCCACGGUCAAGUGCCUUUGCCUCUGAAACGACAGGAAGCGCGAGGCAAUUUCCGCUCGAGGGAUCCAGGUUCAUAUUCCAUUGCAUACGUACGUCUGGAAAAUUUAACCGCACCGAGGAUGGAUCAUCGCCGUAGCUGUGAAAUUUCCACUCGUGUCAUCGAAAACUCCCUUUUCCUGCCUUAGUCGCUCUCGUCUCUGCUCUGGUUCGCCGCGGUCCGUGGAAUCGAUCGAUUCGCGUGAAAAUUCGCGAGAAAAUUCGCGAAGCGAACAACGAUGGAGAACGUGUACGUGAUAAAGGUGAAAACGAAGCCAGCCUUGUCUUCUCUGUAUCCAUCCGAGCGGCGUUACUCGGCAUCGACCGUGGGAGGUCUGUCCUUCGUGCAUUUUGGUCUGGGUGCACUUUCCCUUCUGCUGGGUAGCCUGGCCUUAUCUCUUCAAGGUCCAAUCCUAUCGGUCGCGUGUUUAGUUCCUUUCGUGACCGGCCUGCUCGCUUGGAGAAGAUGGUACAUCGAUAGAAAUAUCGCCAUCUUCUUUUACGGCAGCCUAUUCUCCUUGAUAGCAGCGAUUCUCUGCUUCAUUGCCACGGUGUUCGACAUCGCGGCUGCCACGGAGAGCAGAGGUCCUUUGUGGUCGUUCGAGAAAAUUCUCGAGCAACCGAUGAAUCCUACUCACCUCGGGGAACACUUUAAGAACGACACUCUGUCGAACGAGGCGAUACCGCCGAACGAGGACACUUUCAAUCUCAGUGGAAUCUAUGACCAAGCUUCGAACGCUCCUAUCUACUCCUCUACACCUGGCAUUGUCUUCGACAACGUGUCCAAUGUAUCCACCAGCGCUCCUGAAGAGGAUGAUCACGAUUGGAAAGCCAACGGGAGUUUACCACGAGAUUCGGCUAACGUCACCGAGGAAUGCUUGGAAAUGAUCAAGAGCAGCGUGAUGACACUCUGGCACGGCGAUUACACCGUGUCCUCGCACACGAAGAUCUUGCUCGCGGUAAACGUGUUGGUCGCGUCUCUUCUCGAAGCGUUUUGGUCCGCUCUAAGCGCGAGAAUAGCGCUGCGAGGAAUGAUGAAUCGGUUGCCGGAAAGUAGCUACGCGAAUGGAGCAACUGGGAACGGAAAGUUGGAAGCCAGAGCAGCGGGAAAGAGGAAAUCGCCGCCUCCGAGGCCGGACAUUUUGGAUCACGACAGCAGACUGUCCGAGAACCUGCAGAACCUCACCGCGCUGCACAAUGUUAGAAGUUCAGGACCGAGGUUACCUCUGCCGGAAUCCAGCAGGGAAUUCAGGGAAAGGGUGGAAAGGUUCCUGACGAACCAGGCAGCGCAUCGUACCGCCGAGGGAUCCUGUUCUUAGGAUGAAAACGUCAGACGUGGGAAGAGACGAUAGAAUUGCGAAUCCCGACGUCCGUUAUCAACGGCAGUUCCGA